CACACACACUCGCACUCACCCCCGGAGGCCGCUCGGUCGCAGAGGCCGACGCUGCGCCAGUCAUUCAUCUUUGGCAGCUAUUUUCGCCCGUCAGAUCUCAACCCCAUGCCCUGAGUACCCGCGUGCCAUAAGAUGACAUCAGGAGGCCGUGAACUUAUGAAUAAGCCAUUACUUGCCAGCCGGCAGUGAGAGCCCUUGCGUUGGUCGCUGAUGGCUUGACCGCACGUUAAAGCCGCUAUCCCCAGAGGAAGAAGGAACUACCAGAAGACAUGGCUCAAAGUCAGCUGUGUUGACCUUCAAGGCAGCAGGCCCUCAUCCAUUACUUAGAUGCAACAGCGCUAGAACCAUGCGUGACGGAAAGAAUAUUGACGUAGGUGGCGUAAAGCCCCUCGUCUCCAGGACAGAAAUACACUGCGGUAGAACGGGAAACUCUCGCACCAAUGCUGGAAAACCUGCGUAUAAAUCUCAGGAAGAGCAGUACCAGGAAAUACAAGAACUCCGCAGACACCUUGGAGAGCUGCGUGAAGAGAAUUCUGGCCUCAAGACGCGCACCCGACGCCUCGAAGAGGAUUUGAUCCGCAGAGACCGUCAGAUAGAACAGCUGAUGGAUCCAGCUAAGAAUGACGAGGCUAGGAGAAAGUUAACGGACAAGGGAGCCUCUCUAGUGUCCAGCUUGAAGUUAAGAGUUUCACGCCUGGAAUCGACACUAAAGGAUAAGGAAGCCGAGCUUGCAAAGCUUCAAGCCUCAGCCAAAGCAACGGCCUUGAAUGAACUGAAGAUCGAGGCUGAAACUUAUUACCAGGAGGUUGUAAGACUGAGGAAUCAAUUGAAUGUGGCUCAGCAGCAUCAGCAGCAACAGCAAUAUCAACCUCAGCAGCAUCACCAACAGCAGCAACAGCAGCAGCAGCAGCACCCUCAGCCACAUUACCAAAAGGUUCCCCAGCAAAGCUCUCCUCAGCACACACACGCACAACUGCACUUGCAGCCUCCUACACCACCUGACGGGAAGAGCAUGAAUGUGGCCCACUGGUCCAACCUCCGUGGCAGUGGUCGGGAGAGCAGGGAGGGCAUGCACGGCUAUAGGGACGGCGGUGAUGGCCAGGAGUCACCCACGCACAGUUUAAGGCACGCGCUCACCCAGAUGGAGGAAGAGAACGCCCGCCUUGGACAGCAGGUGGCAGCCCUGGCGUCGGAGAAGGCCAAGCUCACAGCAGACAUAGAGAGGGUUCUAGGGCUUUCUGAUGAAGUCAAAAGCAACUAUGAGGGGCUCAACCGGGCGGAAUUGAUACGUGAAAUUGAGCGGAGGCACGAGGAGGUGACGAGGUUGGAGUCGCAGCACAGCCAACUCACGGAAGCACUUGGGAGGAGGAACGACCUCGCGGGGGACAGCGCUGCUCUCCUUCAGGCCAGAGUAUCAGAGCUCCAAGCAAGGGAGGUGGAAUGGGAGAGGGAGCGUUCAAGUAUGAGAGAGCUAAUCAACACUUUGAAAGACGACCGAUUGUUUUACAAGGAGACUGCGCAGAAGAAAGAGUCAGAAUUGGAUGGUCUUCGCCAGGAAAUUCAGACUCUCCAACAGGAGGUCAUCUCCCUUCAUGACCAAAACCGCAGACGCAAUGAGCGGCCGACGCCCCCCCCUACUCAGAGGUCUGUGCGGGGAACGGCGAGGCCUACAGUGUCGAGUGCUUCAAGGUCAGGUUCGAGCAGUGAGGCAAACACACCCACACGUCGUCCUCGCACGUCAAGUGCUCGACCCCCACCAGCAAGCACACGAACACAAAGGUCCUCGAAGUCAUCCAGCGAACCACGAGAAAUACCUCCUCAGAGCAAAAGCCGAAAAACGCCCACUCCACAGACCACAAAGAAGCCUACUGUUACCAAACAAUCUUCCAGGCAGACCUCAAGUACUUCGUCUCCAUCAAAGGCUACACCAAGCAGUUUGCAGAACUCUGUUGGCAAUGCGAGACCUAGCAGUGGUAGCAGAAGGACAACAGUAUCAUCUGCAAGUUCCUCUCCCAAAGCCAGCCCUUAUGCUUCACCCAAACACACCUCUGCAGCUAGCCGUGCAAACUCUAUAUCGACCUCAAAGACUCCCACACCACUGAGUUCACCCCGCAAGACUGCAGGAUCUGCAUCACCUCAGCAGAAGCCUGCGGCCAAAACAUCCCCUCAGCACAAACAGUCUGGAUUGACUUCACCCUCGAAAGUGCCCACCUCACGUGCCUCCUCUAGAACAAGCACCCCAUCCUCCUCAGUCAAAUCCUCCCCCUCGAAAGUAAACUCAGCUAAUCGUUCGCCCUCAAAAGUCCCCCUACCCAGCAAAACCAGCAGCCCAAGCAAAGCACCAGCAAUAAAGAGGGAAGAAAGUGCAAGUCCGACAAGAAGCCCAAGAACAGUGAAACAGGACACUGUCAGAGAAUCCUCUUUGUAUGCUACCUCUCGGCAUCUGGUAGAAUCCCUAUCCCCGGGCAUGGCUCCUGGUAGGGGGGGAGGUAGGCACCGCACUCCCAUGGCACAGCAGCAAGAGUGGCGCACAUACCACUCCUCCAGGCACCUUGUUCCUCACCAGCACUACGUUGGGAGCUCGCACCACAAGCACUCUCUUGGCGGACAGGUAUUUUUUGGGUCACUUUUCCUGAACGUUUUUGUUUUGGUGAUGGGAUUGUGUUGUGGCUGCUGAGGCAGUCACCUGUGUUGGUAAGAUGGCAGGAAAAGCCACAAUGUAUG